AUGUUGAUGACAUUGAUUUUUCUUGUUUUAUUUUUCACAGCCAUCAAUGCCGAUGUGUAUGAUGACAAAAUCGCUUUUAUGGAGAGCAUUAUCGACAACACGGCCCAUCCUUGCAACGAUUUUUGGCAAUAUGCCGGAGGCAAGAACAAGAGUAAAUUUUUGGAAGAACAAGAAGCUUUCAUGAUCAUCGAUUUAAUGACCGACGAUUCUGUGGAUAGUUAUGUAUGUAGCAGAUUGAACCUAGACGAUUUGUCUGCAGUGACGAACCUGAUCCAGUGGCAAGAAACGUACCAUUUUGCAUCCGGAAGUAUCACAAAAUGUGGCCAAGUGUCUCCCGCUUUAAAUAAAAAACUCCAUUUUGAAGGCCCUUCCCGCACAAAAAGACUGGGCGCUUUUGAAACUGGAGUAUUUCCAUUGAAGAGGGAGGUAUUUUGCCGCAUUUUGGAUACUUCCCGAAUGCAAAAUGGGACGUUUUUUGCCACUGGAUCAGGUCCGCCUUAGUAGGAUCGAACUUACUCAAAGACUAGAGGCUAGUCUUUGGAGGGCGACUUGUGAUUUUCUCAAAAUCUUGCAGACGAGCUGUACUACUGUACACCACUUUUUGAAGAUUUUAGCUCGCGCUAUGCAAAGACAGCCGACGAAAUCCACGGUUUUUGCCGAUGCGAAACCACUCUAAAAAUUUGAACAAAAUCUGAGGGUUGCGCUUCGACCACUGCCCUUGUUUAUAUUCAGCCUCUAUACUCUUCAAAACCGCCUCAAUCUCAUCCAUUAUAUUUCAGCUUCAAUCAGUGCGAGAUAUCCGUACUGUCUACCAAAAAUGUGCUAAUGGCGAGAUCAAAUUCCCCGAGUAUUCUUUGGCCGAGAAAGCCCAAUUUGCAGCCUCUCGCCUCAAAGACUUGAAUUUUCCGAUUCAAAAAGACGACGAUGUUGUCAAAGACGAAGCCAAAUUUCACACCGCUGUAGCGCGACUAUACGGCGCUCUAUUUGAAAUCGGCUCUUAUGUGAUCGAGUCGAUGGAAAUGACCUCGCAUGGAGGAGCGUGGAAAUUCGUGCGUCCUCAUCCAACCUAUUAUCGCCGAAGGGAAAUUUGGUGAGUGGAUUUUGUAUUACGAUUGGUCGAGAGUAGAGGAAAAAAGGCCUCAAAAUUAGACAAUAUUCGGCGCAAUUUUUGGCUAUGAUUUGAUCACUUUAGGGACGCGUAUUGUGCUGUUGCGACAUGCAGAACGUCAACACUACCUCGAAAAAACACUUUCAAAUUUCAAUACAGUUUUGCGAAGGACCCCCAAUCGUUCGCCAACACAGCCUUUGGGACCGAAAUCAACAUUUCCGACUUGAAAAUUCUCACGCCCUUCUAUGCCGGUGGUGAUGAGGCUUUGAGGGUAAGUUGGACUUGAAUUUGAGAAAAUUUAUGGGCCAAAAGUCGUCAAUUUUUCUAUGUCUAAUCUCCGGAUUUUUCGUGGUCUCUCGUUUCCAAAAAAUGGUGAAUAUCUCUACUGUAUUAUUAAAGUUUCUGCUAAAAUUUUGGUGAAUUGACAUGCGACAUGGGUCCAAUUAAUAGCAAAAACUUGAAGAUUAUAUAAGAAAACAUUUUUUUUAUUUUUUUUUCUCUCUCCGCUCUCCACAUUUUGAACAGUCUUUUAAUAAUUUUUUGAAAAUCUCCCCCCCCUCCCCCACUCUUUCAAAAAGAUUACAAAAAAACUUUUAACUUUUUUUCCAGCCAAUCGCCUACGCCGCUUUUCUCAACGAACUCCUGGAGACAGUAAUGUUUGAGGAGAACUACCAAUUCACAACUUGUGAGAAAUUGAUCUCCGACAGUUUCCCAUUGCAUCUGAACAAAUUGAUUUUGGACAAGAUGAAGAAAAAUAGGACCGUCUACAACCAAUGGAAAGAGCAGUUCUUCACGUACACUGUCCUCAUUCUAAACGAAGCCAAAUCGUUUGUCGCAACGAGCAAUGUCAUCGAGAAUACGGACAAUGUAAUGGGGGAGAUGCUGAGGAUCUUGGAGCAAAAUAGAUUCGCAUUCUUUGAUCAGAAUCUCUUCUCUGACGAUCUGUUCGAGGGGGUAACGAAUGAAAUGGAAUUGGACCAUCCCCGGUCCUCGCGGUUCGUCAACAAUUUGAGGGUGCUGCUGAAAUACGACAAGCUUUAUGAGCACAAAAGUCAAAGGUUUAUGGCGAAGACGGGGGUAAGUUUAGUUGAAGGGGAAUAGAGUCAAAAGUUGAUUUUUUUGUGAUGAAUACCAUGAAAGAAAUGAUCAACUUUUGACUCGCAAAUUUUGAUGAUGUUUGGGGCAAAGGUGGAAGAGAGUUUUAUACAGCGUUUGCUACAUUUUUUAGUAUUAAUAAGCAGUCAAUAUAUGUACAUAUGUAUGUACUUAUGUUUAUCAAAAACCUAAGGCAAGGUUCCGAAUAUUACUGUAUGCAAAAUCAAUGGAGUACAGCCUCAUAUAAGAUACAUCCAAGAUUACUAUGUGAUUGCCAGAAGCAAAAAAAUUUCUCGGCUCUCCAUCAUAAGGAUUGCCUAAAAUUUUUACAUCAUGACAAUUGAACAUCGUACAGUGGCGGACCUGAUCCAGUGGCAAAAACAUACCAUUUUGCACUCACUGUGUAGACCAAUUCAAGAAGACUUUCACCUGCAUCUUGGCAAAUUUCGCUUGGAAAAAAUAUCAAAAAUCUUUAAAUUCCUCUUGCUGUAAUAGUAUCUACCUCAAAAUUUUACCCUGGGAUUGCAAUACAAACUCAAUUUCAUCCAUUUUUUGCCCUAAAAACCCCGAUUUCCGCAAAGCGCUAGCGACAAACCUCAUCGGCGCCUUCAAAAACUCCAAUUUCAAUCUGCGCCAACUGUAAAAAAAUCAUUUCAAAUUAAUUUCCGAACACUCAUUCCAAUUUCCAGACCCAAUCCGCUCAUCUCUUCCCGUCUAUGGCCAAUUUCUACGACUUUGGAUACUUUUUAUUCCCCCUCUUUGAUCCGUCCUUCCCAGCGGUCCUGGCGUUGUCUUCAAUGGGCACAAUGGUUGGUCAUGAAAUUGCACAUACCUUCAGUAAGUACAUACAUACAUAGUAUCCCAAUUUGAAAUUUAAAAAAGUUCAGUUCGAAUGACAGAGAAGAGCGAAGCAUUUUCCGAAAACCGACGAUGCUUGCUCAAAUUGUAUGCAGAUAAAUGCAAACCGGGCGAUCCAAAUAUCUGUGUGGACCCAAUGCACACUUACAAUGAGAAUUUCGCGGAUCAACUGGGUAAAUUGAAAAUUAAAAUUUGAUUUAAUCUUAUAGGAGAGUAAGAUUUUUCUAAAUUUUUGCAAAAAAUAAAUCGGAAAAGUCACUCCCAGCACUUCCCUACUAAAUUUUAUCGUUAAUACUCUUGAUGAAUUUCAUAUAUAUAUACAAUUUUCAGGUACCCUCUGGGCCUACACCGCUUUCAAACGCCUAGAGUCCCGUCAAAACUCCGGCGAAUUCCCGAAAACUCCGGCAUUGGGAAAGCUGACAAAUGAUCAGAUAUUCUUCCUCAACUUUGCCCAAACAUUCCAUUUUUUCGAUGACUGGGAAAAUUAUGAUCCCAAUUUUUUUCACGCUCCAGCAUCUGUCAGGAUUUGGGCCGCCUUGGCCAAUCUACCGGCCUUUGCCAAUGCCUUCGAAUGCCCAGGAAAAUCGGUGUAUAAUCCCGACUUUCGAUGCCCAAUGUUUGUCGUGGAGACAGUGCCAGACAAAAGAUUGAAUCAACCAGUGGAUUAA